GACACCCCGCACUCGGAGAGCAGUGAACACUGCGUAGGAACCCUAUGAAGCGGAACGCAGCGUGGUUCGUGGUCGAUAAUACUUCCGGUGGCGAUGCACUUCCGCUUGUGACAGGAGUGAGCCGUUGGACGGGAGUGGGUGAAUGGUGAGGUGCGAUGCCCUUGGAGGUCACAUGGCCAUUUCCACAAUGCCCCCGCCUGGGCUGGAGGAUAUCCAGCCGAGUGAUCACGGGCAUGGUGGGCUCGUACAGUUACCUGUGGACAAAGUAUUUCAACUCUCUAAUGGUGCAUAACCAGGAGGUUUUGUUGAAGCUGGUGGACGAGCGUCCCCGGGGUACCCCUCUCAUCACCGUGUCCAACCACCAGUCCUGUAUGGAUGACCCGCACAUGUGGGGAGUCCUGAAGCUCCGGCAGCUCUGGGCCUUUCACAGAAUGAGAUGGACUCCUGUUGCCUCAGAUAUCUGUUUUACCAAGGAGAUUUACUCCAGGUUCUUCAGCAGAGGCAAGUGUGUGCCUGUGGUUAGAGGAGAUGGGGUGUAUCAGAAAGGAAUGGAUUUUCUCCUGGACAGACUGAAUCAUGGCGAUUGGGUGCACAUAUUUCCAGAAGGUCGAGUCAACAUGAAUGGGGAGUUCAUAAGGCUGAAGUGGGGAAUUGGACGUUUGAUAGCCGAGUGCUCUCUUCACCCAAUCAUUUUACCCAUGUGGCAUAUAGGUAUGAACGAUGUCCUGCCUAAUAAAACUCCAUACAUCCCUCGAGUCGGACAGAGAGUAACUGUCCUGGUGGGACAACCGUUCUCUGUCAAAGACCUGGUGAACACCCUGAAAGCAGAAAACCCCAGCCCGAUGGAAAUGCGGAAAGCAGUGACAGACUUCAUUCAGGAAGAAUUCUGCAAUUUGAAAGGCCAAGCCGAGGCUCUUCACCGUAGGACGAGCAAGAGCUGUGCGUAAGACCACAUCAGACACGCCUUGAGGAACCUGUUGUCUCCCCAUGAUCUUAACACGGGUGGAUGGCUGGACCUGAGGGGAUAUCCUUAUACUUACAAAUGAUCAGAGAGGAGUGAUUAUCCUUUUGUGACAGUGAAAAUCUUCAGGACUGUUUGUCUGAUGCAUGCUACUGUAGUUUUCUACACAAAUUUCUACACAAUAUGAUGCGUUUUCAUUUGAACAGCGCACCCAGGACGAUAAAUGGCUUUUACUUAUAAAAAAAUUGAAUGAUUUCUUUGACCUAUGUCUAUUUUAAGUAUUUUCAUUUGUCGUGACCUGUAUGUCACAGUUUCCUUUGCAAGACUAACUGUGUGACACUUUGUGCAGAUUCACUGCAUUCAAAUAGUAAAGUGGUAAUCAGAGAAUAGUUCUGCACACGUGGUCAUUGAGUUUCUUUUCUUAUAGAGUUUUAGGUCUUCUUUGAGCAACUCAUCCAGGGUUUGUGUGAGCUCUUAGUUGACUUUUACAGUCCCGAAGAACCGGAUUAAAAGUUGACGACCAAAGUUUUGCUUCAAGCACUGAUGCCAAAUAUCUCUUCUAUCUGGAUCUUUGUUGUUGUCAUAGUCAUAUCAUCAUAGUGCCCACUGAAAUGAAUCCCUUGCCAUUUUUACCGGGAAUGAAGGAAAUUGUUUUAAAUGUUGUCAAACCAGAGACUGUUGAAUGAAAUUCUGUUGUUUAUACCAGUUGACUUUCCUUGGAUUGUCAAACUUGUAUUUAAUGUGUCAUGAAUUCACAUGAUUUAGAAAAAUUAUGAAACAUGUUUUUGCUCCUGUUGUUUUUUGUUUAAAACAAAAUAAUUUUUUCAAAAAUAAACUUUGCAGAUCUGUUUA